AUGGGCCUGCCGAUGGGCUCCACUGGCCCUGCUACUGUCGGAGCACGCGGUGGUCGUCGGCCAAAUGUGCUUAUAACGGGUACACCUGGCACGGGAAAGACGUCGACGAGUCAGUUGGUGGCGGAGGCGACGGGUCUGCGACACGUGAACGUGGGCGACCUUGUGCGACAGAAGGAGCUGCACGACGGGUGGGACGACGAGUACGACUGCUUCGUGCUGGACGAAGAUAAGGUGGUGGACGAGCUGGAGGAGAGCAUGAGCGCGGGGGGCAUGCUGGUGGAGCACCACUCGUGCGACUUCUUCCCCGAGCGCUGGUUCGACCCCGUGGUCGUGCUGCAGACCGACAACUCGCUGCUCUACGACCGCCUCAGCGCCAGGGGGUACACAGGCAAGAAGCUGCAGAGCAACAUGGAGUGCGAGAUCAUGCAAGUGCUGCUCGAGGAGGCCAGGGACAGCUACAAAGAGUCAAUAGUGCACCCCAUGCAGAGUGAUUCGUUAGAGGAUAUGGAGAAGAAUGUUGCAACAAUAAAACAGAUGGUGGCACAUUCACUCCCUACCAGUCCGCACACGCGCAAUGCCCGCCGCUCCCCCGCAGUCCUGCGCGCUGCUCCCCCCUCUCCUCGCCGUCAGUGCGCUCACCUCUCUCGCGCUCGCCCUCGGAGCCGUCCACUUCUCCCUCCGCCGCCGCCUCCUCGUUCCGCGCGCUCUGCCUGCUCUACACGCUCGCGCUCGCGCUCCUCUCGCUCCCCGCGCCCUUUGCGCCCGCAUUCAGCCCCUGCGCUGCCCCGCUCGCGGAUAGCAAUGCCGCUUGAUUCACAUGAAUCGCCUGAAUCACCUGAAGGAUCACCUGGGACGCCAAAGAAGGCACCUGGAUCACCUCAGAAGCUACCCCGGUUGCUGCAAAGGUCAGCUAAUGAGGAGGAGGAGCGGACAAUAACGGAAGGGGGCGAGCACAGCGAUGGUGGCGCAAAGGAGGAAGCGAGAGAGGAGGGCAGAGGGGGGGAGCAGGGGGAGCAGGGGGAGCAGGCGGUCGGAAUGGAGAUUGAUGUUGUUGAGGCGGUGGUGCGCGGGGCGACGGCCGGAUCAAAGGCUGGAGCGAGGUCAGGAGGGGGAGGCGAACCAGAGUAUGGCAAGGGCACGUUCCCCUGGUGUGUGAUGGAUCAGUGGUACUGGGAGUGGGGGCUCUAUGGCUGGGACGAUACCACCCAAGGGGGUGCUACAGCGGGUGCUGGUUCUGGUGGUGGUGGUGCGUCUGGGGGGGGUAUUCUGGGUGGGAAGAAAGGGAUAGGGAUUGGGACUGGGGGAAGACGGGGAGCAGCAGGAGGAAGCGGGGGCGGUUCGAGUGGGGGAGGAAGUAAAGGGGGGGCGAAUGGGGAGGCGAAGAGUAAGGGAGCGGGGGAUGUGGCGUGUGGGAUCGGCGAGGGGAUGGACAUAGAUGGGGUGGCUCGGGCGCAAGGGAGUGCGGUUACCGGGGUUACUGUGGUUACUGGGAGUAGUACGGGAGUGACAGGGAUAGAUGUGGUUGCGAGGGAGGGAAGGGGCGGGGAAGGGAGUGGUGGUGGUGAUGUCUGUGAUGGGGCUCCAGUUUUAGACGAGAUAAAAGAGCAGCAGCAGAAAGAGCAGGACGAGGAGAAGCAGGAGGAAGAGCAGAAGGUGCAGCAGCAGCAGCAAAAGCAGCAGCAGUUGCAGCAGCAAGAGGCGGCGGCACUAGAGCCAAAGUACAUCCUGCGGGGAGUUAGAGCGACGAAACAAACCGCCAAGGCAGCAGCCCCCCACCCAGGCAUGGUGGGCAGCCAUCCCCCUCCCCCUGCACGGCCCACACCCACUGCUGCUGCUGCUGCACCCAGCAUUGCAGCAAGCGCCACUCAUGCAAGCACUGAUUCACCCACUGCCGCAACUGCUGCAGCAGCCACUGCAGCAACCACCUCUCUCCCCUCUACCCCCGCCGCCCCGCCGCCCCCCUGCUCCGUGUGCAAAGCACCAGAGGACGCCACGUGUCUGUUGUGCGACGCCUGCGAUGCCUGCUACCAUCUGCGCUGCCUCAACCCUCCCGCUGAAGAGCCCCCCGCAGGGGACGAGUGGCUGUGCGAGGCGUGCGCGGAGGAGCAGUGGGAGCGCGGCAACGCUGUGGUGUUUGAGGACGAGGAGCUGUGGGCGCGCCGCCACAUGGUGGGCGCGGAUGCGGGGGGGAGGGGCUUGGGCGGCGGAAGAGGGGGGGAAGGGUUUGCGUGGGAGUAUGACUGGGAAGCAGAUGCGGAGGGGAGGGCGGGAGGGGCGAGGAACGGGAUUGGGAGGGGAGGAGGGGAAGAGGAGGAGGAGGGGAAGGGUGGUGGAGGAGAGAGUAGAGACAGAGGAGGAGAAAGAGGAGUGGGGGGAGGGGGAGGGGGAGAUGGGCAGGAGGGAGCAGCAGGGAGCAACGGGCAGCAGCAGCAGCAGAAGCAGGAGGAGCAGGAGGGGGUGGCGGUGAAGAGGCGGGGGGGCAUCCGGCCGCUGAAGUCAGGGCCGGGGGGCACGGGGCAGUGGUUGCUGCGCGGCGAGUGGCUGGCGGCGCAGGGGCACAUCCGCGUGGGUCCCAUGUUCCAGGCGCUGGUGGGCGAGUGGCAGGGGGACGAAGAGAAGGCAGUUGCGGAGAAGAUGGAGAGGGAUGGGCGUGGCGUGGAUGAUGAAGGCCUGUACGGCGUCAAGGCUGCUCCCAAGCCCAAAGGGGUGAACCCUGAACCAUCUCUGCUUCUCUUCCCCCACCGCUUCUGGUUCUGUCCUUCACACGCCCUUCUUCUUGUCCCUCCCCGCCCUGCUUCCUUCCGCUCCCCGCUUUGCGUCCCUCUCCUCCCCCCUACUUCACCUCCCCGCCCUGCGUGCCAUCCCUGGGAGCAGCGAGCGGCCUGUGUUUGGGCAGGAGCGGGCGAUGAGCGAGGAGGAGAAGGAGGCGGAGCUGGAAGCCAUGAAGCAGCGCCUGGCAGAGGUACGAACGCUGCUGCCAGUGCACGUGUGUGGUUGCUGCCUGAAUGCAUAAGUGAUGGGACUAGUGGGCCGCGUGUGGCUGGUGGGCCACGUGUGGCUGGUGGGCCGCGUGUGGCUGGUGGGCCGCGUGUGGCUGGUGGGGCUCGUGUGGCUGGUGGGGCUCGUGUGGCUGCCGGUGCGCAACCUGCCUGUGUCAGCGGGAGCAGCUGCAUUGCAAGGAUACACUCCUCCUUUGGACUCUCUCCCAACCCUCCACCACUUUCUCCUCGUCCCCCUCCUUCUCCCCUCCUGUUCCCUGCUCCUUCUCUCCUCCUUCCCCCUUCCUUAACCUAUUCUUUCCUCCUGCUGCCCCCUUCCUUCUCUCCCCGUUCUCUCCCGCUCCCACCGGCUGUUCCCCCUCGCCCCCCAGAGCAAGUGGCCCAUGGACUGGCAGCCGGUGCGCAACCUGCACGUGGCAGCGGAGGAGCGGUGGGAGCAGUGGAAGCAAAGCGGCAGCAAGGAUACAACCCACCCACUCACUCCUUUAAAUCUCUCCCAACCCCAUUCUCCCAACCCCAUUCUCCCAACCCCAUUCUCCCAACCCCAUUCUCCCAACCCCAUUCUCCCAACCCCAUUCUCCCAACCCCAUUCUCCCAACCCCAUUCUCCCAACCCCAUUCUCCCAACCCCAUUCUCCCAACCCCUCACCCCCCAGAGCAAGUGGCCCAUGGGGUGGCAGCCGGUGCGCAACCUGCCUGUGUCGGCGGAGGAGCGGUGGGAGCAGUGUGAGGGGAUUCUGUACUACGAGGGCGAUGUGCGCGCGGACGGCAAGACUGCUCGCAGGGAUGUGGAGUGCGGCAAGUGGCGCAGGGUGCCGAGUGGGUUUGAGGUGGAGGACAAGUUUGAGUGCUCCUGUGCGCUCACCUUCGACCCGCAUCAUGCAGACUGUAUGGUGCCACAGGAGCUACCCAAGAGGGACUUAGAGAGGAGGCUCAAGAUGAUAUCGGAGCUCAAAUUACAGAAGCAGCAGCAGGGGGCGGAGAUGGGCGAGUGGAAGGAGCGCAUGGGGGAGCUGAGGGCGUUCAGGGCGCACCACGGCCACUGCCACGUGGCCCCCAGGAGCCCCCUGGGCGUGUGGCUGCAGAAGCAGCGCAUGCUGCUGCGCCGCAACCGACUCUCACCCGUGCAGCGGGAGGAGCUGCAGCAGCUGAACGUGACCAUCAAUCUGGAGGAUGCGCGGUGGGAGGAGAACUUUGCGGCUCUCGUGGACUUCAAGCGCGACUACGGCCACCUCAACGUCUCCAACGCGCCACACGCACACGCCAACACUGCCCCGCCUCCCACCGCCGCUUCCGCUUCUGCUGCUGCUGCUGGUGGUGAUGGUGCCAGUGCUGGAGCAGGGGCAGGGGGAGGGGGAGGAGGGGGGGGGGCAGCAGGAGGAGCUGCUGCUGCUGCUGCUGGUGGUGGUGGUAUCAGUGGCGGUGGCGUUAGCAGCAGUGGUGGAGGCAGCAGUGGUGGGCAGCAGCAGGGAGGAGGGAGGCUGAGGCGAGCGCAGGACUUGGCGCGGCUGAGCCAGUGGGUGAAGGCCCAGAAGGCCAUGGCACAGCAGCCGUUCAAGGGGAAGAAGGCAUUGCAGCGAAUCUGCAGGCUCCUGGAGAUUGGGUUUGUUUUUUCGGAGGGCGAUUCCUCCUCUUGA